UCAGUGAAAUUUCAAAAUAACAUCAAAUGUUAAGCAAUCUGAUGAAUAUGUUAAUAAAUUUGUCCUUAUUAUUAAUUGUGAUAAUCAAUUUUGAAAGUUGUUGGACAUUUGGAUCAUUUUUAGAAUCAUCUCAUGAAAACUUGAAGAACUCAUUGUUAUGGACGAUUCAUUUGGAUCCUUAUCACGGUUUACUUAGUGGACCACAGAGAGUGAAUGAAUCAAUGUAUGAUCAAGAAGUUCAUCUCCAAUUGGAAAUAUGUUCGUGCUCCAAAAACCAUGAUGAAAACAGAGACUGGACUGUUAACCCUCAAACAUCUUUUAAAUCCAUCGGAAAAAAUUUGAAGUGUAGUUUUAUUUGCGAUGAAAAGGAGAAGCAAUUUAAAAAUAAAUUAAUUAAUCAACCUGCAGAUAGUACAAAGAGGAAAAAAGAUGGUAAAUAUAAAGUUUUGCUCAUUUCUUUCAUUAUAGAUGAAGAUGAUUUUAACGAGGAAAGUUUAUAUACUUACGAGAAAAGCUUAAUGACAAGCUUCGAUUGUAUCAAAACUGGAAGAUGUCAAAAUUUUGAAAAUCUCAGCUUGCAAAGUGAAUCAUCCGAUCACCAUAUAGCGAAACGAUUUGCGAAGAGACUUUUCAACCGAACCAAAAAGAAGAAACCUGGCAAGAAUGUAAAAAAUGGAAAGAAAAGUCAACCUCGAUCAGAAGCAGUCAAAGCAUCAUCGACAUCUCGUUCGGAUUUGCGAUCAGGAAAACAACAAAAACAGGAUAACAAUAAAGCUCCAUCUGCUUAUUCCAACAUGGCACAAUUCAAUCUUCCAAGUGAUACAGAUAUUCGUGAUCUUCAGUUACAUCCAAAAGUCUGCUUUAUGAUUGUUUGUCCAGAACAGCAGACAAUUAAGAAUGUUGGUAUUCUGGAUGCGAAUAAAAGGCCAGUCCAGAAAAAACCAAUAUCUAAGGCUCCUUCAUUUAGAUCAGCAUCCGAGGAUCAUGAAUCACACGAUAAUCAGAAGGAAACCCAAUCAGUAACUUCAACAACUGUAAAACCAACCACACAUAAAGAAACAAGCACUAAAAUCCCUACCCGACCUACAGAGAAACAUACAGCAAAAAUAAUGGAAACUCGGCAUAUGGAAUUCACUACUCCGUCAUUUACAGAAACAAAGGCACCAAGUUCUAAUGAGCCUGAAGAAACAAAAACAAAAUCUGAUAGUAAUGAAUAUUAUAGCGAAUAA